AUGGCCUAUGAUCCACGACUUUCCAGUGCGGGCACUGCGACCCCUGAUCCCCCACCUCCUCCUCCCCCUCCCCCUCCAGAGUCUACCGUCAGCGAAGCUACUCAGGAGGUGUUGGAAAAGGAGACACCGUUGGAGCAAUCAGACUCCUACAAACUUCGAUUUUGCACGGUAUGUGCAUCGAAUCAGAACCGUUCGAUGGAGGCUCAUCUCCGUCUAUCCACGGCUCCAUCGCCUUUUCCUGUUAUCUCUUUUGGCACGGGAUCCCUGGUCCGAUUACCGGGACCGUCCAUCAACCAACCUAAUGUCUACAAUUUCAACACGACCUCGUAUUCCCAGAUGUAUGAUGAGCUCCUGUCCAAGGACGAGAAACUGUACCGUAACAAUGGGCUGCUGAACAUGCUCGAACGCAACCGGAACCUGAAAUGGGGCCCGGAGCGAUUCCAGGACUGGGUGCCCGGCAUGCCCCGGGUGGAUCACGUCUCAAAGGGUGACAAAGGCGCCCUGGGCACCGAGGGAGGCGUGGUCGAUGUCAUCAUCACCUGCGAAGAGAGGUGUUGGGAUGCCGUCGUCGAUGAUCUAAUGAAUAAAGGAUCGUCGCUGAACCGACCCGUGCACGUGUUCAACGUCGACAUCAAAGAUAAUCACGAGGAGGCUCUGGUGGGAGGAAAAGCCAUCCUAGAGCUCGCGAAUCGGCUCAACGAAGCAGCUAUCCAGGAGCGCAAAGCGAAUGGGACCGAGGGCUGGGAGAAUGGUACCGGGGAGGCCCGGAAGAGCUUUGAUGAGAAGGUACCGGAGAUUCUGGCGUCGUGGCAGGAGAAGUGGCCGACAUUACCGGCAUUAUGGACGUUAGCCUGGUUAUGA